AUGGCCCCCGCCGGCGAGGCGCGAUGGCCACAGGACCCUGCCGUCGCAAUGAAGUUCAAAAAGAUGACCGCCAGCUACGUUGUUUGUCCUGACAGCCUGCGGGCACGGGUAGACGAAUGCACCUGGUGCCACCACAAACGGCAGGGAUGGUGCGACAACUCACUUUGCUUCUACUGUGAGCAUUGCUGGGGCGAGUAUGAUACCCAUCAGGGGGAGGAGGCCGAGGAAUACGCCGGCAAGCAAUGGCAUGAGGAAAUCCUUGCGGCUGAGAACAUUGCAGCUGAAAGCGACGAUGUUGACAGUAAAGUGCUGGAGGCCAUGAGAACCGCCUUGCAGGAAAUAGAUUCAAAACGCAAAACGGCGAACGAUGCUAGGGACAGCGAAGACGAGCUCUCGGAUCAUGAGGAUGAGGUUCGGAACAAGGUUCCCGAACUCAAAGGUACAUUCAGCCAAGCUGGCAGACCCAUUGAGCUGAGUGCUACACUCCCAGAGCUCCACCAGGCCCAUGUUAUCGUGAUCGUAGAUACUUCAGGUUCCAUGCGAACUGUUGAUGUGAAGCCCGACGAGGGCAGCAACUGGGUUUCCCGCAUGGCGGCGGUGACAGAGACACUCUCCUCCUUCUUUCAGAAACAGGCACAAGCGGUUUGUCCGCACCGUUUCUCCCUCAUCUCGUUCAGCGAGAAGCCACGCCUGCACUUUAAAGCGCAGACCGCUGCCGCAGCUGCCACGCAGGUGAAGCCGGCUUUCAAGUCUGCAGCCAGCCGUGGGACGCAUUUCGUGUCUGGGCUGGAUGCCGCCAAGAAAAUUUUCGCCCAUGCUGCUGGCACGCCUCAUCUUCUCAUCUUUAGUGAUGGCCGUCCAGCAGAUGGGGUGCAGACUCUCAAGCUCGUGCAGGACAUGAUGAAGGAGUACACAUCGCUCAGGAUUCACGCCAUCGGCUUUGGAGACGGUUUGGAUUUCGAUGUGCUGCAGCAACUGACAUCGAUUGGGCGAGGCACCUUUGCCCCGUCUGGUCGAUCGAUCGCUGCGCUGCACGGAGCCUUCGCAUCUGUAACGUCGACGAUAACUAAGACGCAGACUGUCACAAGCCGCACGAGCAAGUCGAGCACAUUUUCUUUCCAAGGUGGCCAAGGCCCAUCAAGUGGCGACGAUGUGCGGCAAGGUUCCAAAGAUAAAGUGUUAGAGCUAAGAUCUGUCUGCUUCGAGCCUGCCAAUCAGUUCUUCUGGGGCAACAACCGGUCUGUCAGCUUUCAGAUCACUCGCCGCGGCUUGAACUUCACUGACAACGGCUUCCGUGAGUGGGUGUAUGGACAUGCGUUCUCCAACCAGACUGUGUCCAUCAGACUGCAACCUUUCACUGAGGGUGGUAUGCGUCUUGUGUACUGUUUCAAAGACUCCUCCAUUCCUCUGCACAAGGAGCAGGAGUGGGAUCACUACACGAUGCAAGCUGCGGGGACAGACGCCCGGAUGGUUGCGAAACUAUCGAGGUAUGUCGAUGCAUUUCACAAUUCCUACGACGUUGUAUCAGCAUACGCGAAGAGCAGUGCCCUGGCGAAGUGGUAUUCUCGCAUUUUCACGCUUGCUGCGGCAGACCGGCUCGGCCUGAAAGGGCGCAGCAUGGCCAAGAUCAUCUUCGUGGAGUGCUACAUCUACGAGGUAGCUGAGGGAAGUGCCGCUCCGACGAAGUACUUUGUCGGUGAGCGAUAUUUACCGGGAGCCUUCCUGAAAUACAACUCGAACCAUGGCUAUGUGAAUGAGGAAGCCCCCGACACAGAGAUCGCACAGGCAUUCUCGCACUUUACCUUUGAUGCAAGUGCGGGCAAGUACAUGGUGCUUGACUUGCAGGGUGUGUACAUGGAUAAGGCCCAUCGGAGGCGGCCCCACAUGAUCAUGACCGACCCGCAAGUGGUGUCACUUGACAAAAACUUCGGGCCGGGCGAUCUUGGCGUGGAAGGUAUGCGGGCCUUCUUUAAUAGUCACACGUGCGGGAACACCUGUCAACAGAUGAAACUGGAUCCGAACAACUUGAAGAGGCUUCGGCAUCUGGUACGGAAGGAGAAGGCAGCAUCUAGUACACCCGAAACGAAAAGCAAAGCUGCUCCUGCAGCAACACCGGUCAUACCGAGUGCAACGGUCACACCGGCCGCUGCAACAGCGGCAGCAGCGCUACCUUCACCGACACCGAACCAGGCUGGAAGCAUCAAGAGCUUGCGGUCUGAUCCAGCAGAGGCUGCGGCGCCUCCAAGGCUAGACUCGCCUGUGCAAACAGCCAUGCGACCGUGUGCAAGCAGCCAGAGCACGGCGGGAUGUCCGACAGGUUCGGAGCUUGGUCCCGAGGGACGAUUGCUCAAUCGGCAUCCGGCUGUUUUCGGUGCGAAGACGGAAGGGCCCCUGUCCGCUGUGAUGGCUCGCUCACCAGCUGUCUCAUCUGGCAGACCCGAUUUCGAUGCUUGGCUACAGAGCCACCAUCAGCAACAGAGGCAACAGAUGCAGCAGAUGCAACAGUUGCAACAGCAACCUCUGCCUGGCGGCCUGCCUGGCGGAAGGCCACCAACCGGGAGGACCAUACCAGCACCGCCAAAAGCACCGCCGGUCAUUCCUGUCCCGGCAACGCAGGUCUCCCAGCCAGCAGCACCUGUGGCGGAGCCCGGUUCAGGCAAAGCAAGUCCUACAGGCGCUGCCGGUAGUCAGACCUCCUCGAGCUCGCUGCAGUCUGCGGGAGGGUCCUCGGAUUCUACAGCGGAUCGGCCGAAGAGUCCCCAGCAGGAUGCCAGGAAGACGAUAAUCUAUGGCCCGGGUGGACAGAAGCUCUCCGCAUCUUGUGCCGACCAGGGAGAUGUUGUGAAGGCCAUUGUUGCACAGUGGUCAAUCCCCGACGAGGAACAGCUCCUCUUUCAAGAGUCAUCCUCGCAGGCCGGUACGGACUUCUUCCGUCUGGAGCGCAAGAUGGAUCCAAGAAAGCUGAGGUUCACUCAGGCCAGCAUCAGUCCGACUUUCCGCGAUGGGCGGCCUAUCUUCCAGCUGAUGAACGAUUUGAACUCUCAGGAGGUCGACCCCCUCCGAGAGCUCGAGCCCUUGGAUGUCGUGUGGCACGAGGGGUACUGGCGGUCUUUGUCGAACCGUCGAUUGUGGACCCUGAAGCACUGUACAGCGGCGAUGACCGACCAGAAACUUUUCGUCCGGGUUCGCGUCCGACCUCCGGACGCGGAGUUCCGGACAAAGUUGACCAGCACCAAUGAUGGUGUAUCGGUUUUAAUUAUGAACCGUGCGCGCUCGCCUUCCCCGACAGCAGCACGAUGA